CAAAACGACAGUCGACAGUUGAGUGCGAGUCGCCGUCGGGAGCAGCACGGUUGAGCUGUCAGGCAGGAUACCAAAGAAAGAGGCCAUAACCAAUACUCCCAGAUAUCUGGAACAUGUAGUAGCUGCUGUGCGGUGUCUGGAGAACAGGAGAAUAGGGAUCCGAAUCCACAAAAUGCACCUUCGCUUGCGAUCGAGCCGUCGCCUGCAGACGUACCUGAAGAUCGGCACCUGUGUCCUGGUGGGCGUCUUUUACUUUGCCUUCCUCUUUCGGGAGUCGCUCAACGCCUUCGAGCAUCGGGAGCGGGCAACGGCCGCCGAAUUGGAGGCGGCGGAAUUCACGGAGCCAUCGAAGCAACAGCUCAAGCUGAAACGCCAACAACUUCAACGUCAGCGAUUAAUUGAUCAGCAACGAGCCAACUCAGCUACUGCCAAUAACAAUAGCAAUGGCAAUGGAAGCUCUGCAAUUGCCGUCAGGACAACGGAAAUUCCUGUUAGCACUCUUAACCCGGUUUACGAGUACUCCGAGGAGCUUCACAGUCGCACUGAACGUGACUUGAAGCUGCGUCGCGAACAUUUGGCGACGGUCUGCGAGCGAUACAAUCUGCAGGAAAAGUACCCACCGAAUCCCUGGGAGUUCUUUAUCUCGCCCGGCCACAACAAUCUUGUGUGGUGCAAUGUCUUCAAGGCGGCCAGCAGCACCUGGAUGUACUACUUUAACAUACUAGCUGGCUACGAUCUCAAGUAUCUGCAGCGAACGGAGGUGCAGCCUCUGGAAUUGGCGAGACAGCGAUUUCCGCGUCCAGAGCUGUCCGAGCUGCUGGAACUGUUGCCGAGUGCGUUAUCCUUUCUGUUUGUACGCGAUCCUUUUGAGCGGAUUCUGAGCGCGUAUCGCAACAAGUUGGAGGGGAAUCGCAACAGUUUCUACAAGGCGCUGGGAACGAAGAUUGUGCAUCGCUUUCGACAGAAAAGUAUGGGAGGUCCUUGGCCACGUUGCGGUCCCACCUUUGAGGAGUUUGUGCGCUUUCUCAUCGCGGAGCACAGGGCAAGACGACGAUUCGAUGAGCACUGGGCACCAGUUUAUAGUUUCUGCACGCCGUGCAGUGUAAAUUUCAGCAUUAUUGGGAAAACGGAGACAUUCCAGAGGGACUCGGAGUUUAUCAUACGCCAGGCGGGUCUCGAGUCUCUGCUGCUGGGAAAACUGCCACGUCGCAAGCUGCGCAAGAUUGGGAAUCUGGCCAAGAGUGGCAUCAAAUCCGAGGCGUUGGUGGAACGUUAUUUUGCCGAUCUCGAUCGCUCAACAUUGGACCAAUUGCUCAAGAUAUAUCGCAUCGACUUCGAGCUGUUCGAUUACGAUUACAUCAAGUAUUACGACAUGGUGCAUCCAUGGAAUCAGGAGCAGAGUACCCAACCAGUUGGAAGUGGAACCACACCUCUAUCCACAUCUCUAGCAACUGAAGCUCACGAUUAACAAUCUUAUUCAUGUACCUUUUACACAAGAUCACACCAAAAAAUGAACCGAAACCCAACCGAAACUACCAAGUUUACCAAAUCUACCAAAUUUACCAAAUUUACCAAAAUAUUUAAGGCCAAAAUCAACGUUUUCCAAAAACGUUAAACUUUCGACCUCUCUUAGAUAAUGCCAAAGAAAAAAAAAGCAACAAGAAAUUCAUGCAAAUCAAGAAAACCCAAAUCUUUGUAGAUAGAAAGACGAAUUUUGAUGGAUUUUUUUCAGAAAAAACGAAACAAAAAUAUAAUGAAAAUGAAAUGAAAUCGAAAUAAAUUUACAACUGUAAUGGGGAGCAUCUUUUUAGGUGCCAUUGUGGUCUCGUAGUUAGUGCUAAGUACUUACAAUUUACAGUUACACCUUAAAUUUUACUUAAACAAUCGAUGUAUCUAAAUACGUCAGAAACCGACCUCUAUACAAAUAUCUCGCCUGCUGUUUUUCAAAUCGAAGAUUUAAGGACACAAAAAAA